GGCACCCUGCAGGCGGCACCGGCGGGCCCGCGGGGCUCUGCGGCCCUGGGGACGUUUCAGAGCACUCUGGCCUGCGUGCUGGGCUCCACCCUGGAGCUGCUGGACUUGGGCAGCGGGCAGUUGCUCGAGCGGAAGGUCCUCAGUACCGACAGGGUGCAUCUGCUGGAGCCCCCCUGCCCUGGCCUGGACAAUGUCGAGGAGCCGGAGGGCCCGGGGGGGCUUCGCUUGCUCUCGGCCUUGGGUCUGUUCCGCGUGGGCUGGGAAGCCCCGCCGGGUGUCGAGCCGCCCCCAGCCAAGGACCUGGUGUUUGAGGAGGCCUGCGGGUACUACCAGCGCCGGAGCCUGCGCGGUGCCCAGCUCACCCCAGAGGAACUGAGGCGCAACGGCACGUUCCGGGCGCCGCAGGCACUGGCCUCCAUCCUCCAGGGCCACGUGCCCCCACCUGCGCUGUUGGCCACCCUGAGGACCGAGCUCCGGGAUUACCGGAGCCUGGAGCAGCUCAAGGCCCGGCUGGUGGCUGGGGAUGAGGAGGAGGCCGGCUGGACGGAGCUGGCCCAGCAGGAGGUGGCCCGCCUGCUGAGGACGGAGCUGCGGGAGGACCAGCUGGCCCAGCUCAACGACGUAUUCCGAGCCCUCCCCUCGGCGGCCUGGGGUGCCGCCCUCAGGGCCCUGCAGCUCCAGCCGGAUGGGAGUGGCCGGCUGAGGUCCCAAGCGCCCCCAGACGUGUGGAAGAAGGUGCUGGGGGGCACAGCGGCUGGGAAGGAGCCCCCCCAGGGGACACUGCCCCCCUUCGAGCUCCUGUGCCAGUGCCUGUGCCAGCUGGAGCCCCGCUGGCUGCCACCCUUUGUGGAGCUGGCCCAGCAGCAGGGUGGGCCGGGCUGGGGGGCAGGAGGCCCGGGGCCGCCCCUGUAUCGCCGCGCCCUGGCGGUGCUGGGUGGGGAGGGGCCCAGGCCCGAGGCCCUGCGGCUGGAGCUGCUCUUGGGCAGCGGGCGGCCCCACGCCGUGCUCCAGGCCAUGGCACAGCUGGUGCGCAAGGAGCGCUGGGAGCGGGCCCUGGACGCCGGCCUGGCGCUCGGCCCCUCAAGCCCCCUGCUGCGAGGCGAGAUCUUCAAGCUGCUGCUGGCGGAGUUUGCCCAGCACCGCCAACUCGAUGCCCACCUCUCGCGUCUGUGCCGCCUAUGCCCACCGGAACUGGCUCCAGCCGAGCUCCUGCUUCUCCUGCGGAUGUACCUCCCGGAUGAGGUGGGGCCUCCCAGCCCGUUCCCCGAGCCCGGGGCUGAGCCCCAGCUCACCGUGGGCUUGCUCAGGGCCCUGCUGGAGCAGGCCGGGGUUCAAGGACAGCCCCCGGGCCAAGCUCUAAGCCCCUACGAGGAUGUCCUGUGGGAUCCGGGUACUCCACCCCCGACUCCGCCUCGGGACCUGUGACCACCACCUCCAGGCAUCAGGCCAUCCGGACAGGGCCUCGGUGUCACUGACACAGGAAAUCCUUUCCGGGACACGGAGAUCAGGGAAGGUGCCUCAGGGCUGGAGGGGGCCGCCGGGAGACUUAUGUGUGCAAUGCUCCUCUUUUCUGGGGCAGUUUUCAAGGAGUGUAUGUGUGUGAAAUAUACGCACAGUUUGAUGGA